UUGUCAAAGUUUGGCAUCUCUCCUCCUCCUCCUCUCGUAUCUUUUCUCUUUCAUUUAGCCAAUAACUGUAAACUUUCCUGUAAACUGCCUCUACUCAGACCUCUCCACCACUCUUCUUUUCUUCUUCGGUAGAUUCUUCUUCUUCUCUUUCUUCCCUAAAUCUAGAAUUCUACUUGUUUUUUUCUUCUCUUCUUGUCGGUGGAUUUGCUUAGUCUCAAAGUCUUUGAUUAGUCUUCUUCUCUGACAGACCUAACUGAGAUUGAUCUGUAGGUGUUUUGUCUGAAAAAAGGUACAAGCUUGGAGUUAAGGAUAUUUAUUUCGAGUUAUGUCUGGAAACCAACAGCCUCAGAUCAGCAUGCCUACAUGGCGGUGCAGAGAUUUCAAUGCUGCUAUACCAAUCAAGAAGAGGAAGUACUUUGUGUUACCGGAGGAAUCAUCUUUGGAAAAAAAUACACAACUUAAUGAGCAAGGUGGUGAUACUAGGAGUGCUUUGGAUUUGAAUUCAUCUGAUGCGCAUGUACAUCAGACAUUGAUUGGAAAUAUAAUCCCUUCGGUUCCGUCUGUUUCUGUGGGAAAAGUUGCUGAUAAAACGGAGAGUAUUGGGAGCCUAGUUGUUGACCAAACUAGAGUGAAAGCUGAAGAGCCUAAUAUUCCACCAAUUCACUCCAGUCCCUUGGCAGGCUCUGUGGUCCCUUUCAGUUCUAAGUUGAAUGUAGAACAAACUGUUCUUAAGACCCAUGACAUUGUUAGUAAGGGAGAGUGUCAAACAGAAGCAUCUGCUGGGCUGCUAAGUUGUAAACCUUCAGCACCUCAUGUCACAGAUUCUAUUCCUACUUGUACUAGUUCUGGCAAUCUCAGUGGUGUGAACAGAUCAAAUUGGGAUUUGAAUACUACCAUGGAUGCUUGGGAAGAUGGUCUAGAUCGCAAGACUAGAGUUAAGACAACUGGUUCUUUCUUUGACAGUAGUUGCCCUGACAUAGAGACAUCAAGUUGUGGUGAUACGACUGUUAUUGCAAAGCCAGUUUCUGAAAAACUGAAGGAAAGUUUAGAAUUUAAAUCUCCUACAGUGACUUCGACGCAGUUUGAUCGUCAGGUUGUUCCCACAUGUUCGCUAAGUCUAGGCCUCAGGUCAUUUCCUCCUAUUGAGAAGUCUCCUUCUCUAUCAGCCACCACAUCGGAGGCAAGAGUUGCCUGCACAAGUGUUUCUAGACCAAUAAUGGCUGCUGAUAAUGUGAACUCUGUAAAUCUUAGGACUGUGAAGUCAGAAGUCGUUGAAGAGAGUGCUCAAGCUUCUCCAAUUAACAGGAUGAAAGAGGAGGUCGUUGGCAGUUUGAAUCCAGUGGAUUCUAGAUCAAUAAAGGCUGAGCCAAAUAACUUCAUUCAGUCCAAAGUUUUCAAUAGGAAAGAUGGAACGUUGAAUCUUCCCCAUAGACCAAUGAUGCAAUCAAAUGAGAUCCUUGAUAUACUUGCAAGUUUUGCGCCAAAUCAGAAGGAUACAUAUAUACCUCAUCCCAGUGGUGUCAGCAAUGCGCCAAUGUCCAUGAAUGGAAUGACAAGAAGUCCAGGCCAGAGUUCUGAUCUCGGUGUAGUUCACAUGGCUAAUGCACGUUCUGGUCAUGGAGAAGAGAACCUCAAUGCAUCAGAUGUGAAUGUUUCCGUGACUGAAGAUAAAACUCUAGAUGAUUGCAAAACCUCUCCUGGAGCUAAUGAACUUUCUACAAGUGGUGAAGAAAAGGUUAUUUUAUCCGGUAAGGAGCUAAGGGAAAAGUUGUACAGUUAUGAGUUUGAACCAGAGUGUGGUAAUGACCUAACUAGAGUACUAAAGAAGCAAGUGGAGAAAAGAAAUUUGUAUGACGACGAGAAGGUCCAAAGAUCACCUGCCAUGUUUGCAGAAGGUAAUAGACAUGCUGAGUGUGGUGGUUCUGAAACGGAACAAAGGGAUGAAAAAGAGAGUCAAGCUGCACUUCUUAGUAAUACAGGUGUGUCUACAUUGUCAGGUGGGAAGGUUGAUAACCCUGAAACAGUAGAUAACAUCAGUCCAGCUUCAUACAAAGCAGAAAUGUCCACUAUUGACAAUGAUCCUCCUCCUGCGGAGUCUAGUGAAGGUAGUCAGAGUCGGUUCAAGACACUAGAUGCUUCAGACAGCUUUGUGCCAUUGCGAAUGGAAAGAGAGAGGUUGUCUGAUUUCUCACUUGAACAGAGGAAAUAUCUCUCGAGAGGGAGUGAUGAUGAUUCCUACAAAUUCUCGCGUGAGAGGUACCAUGGCAAAACUAUGAGAAGCCCAAGGCUAAAUUUCAUGCCUGACAGAAGGAGAUUUUCUGAUAAUACAGAAAGCAAUUUGCAGGACAGGGAUACAAAAAAUUUUGAGUCCAACGACUAUGGAAACACUCGUCGUGGUGGUGGUGGUUUUAUGAGUAAUUCCUAUAGAGGCAGACGGUCUGCAAAUGAUGAAGCCACUCCUUUCCCCCACUCCUUCACGAGAAGAAGUCAUGGCUUUAAAGAGGAUGCAUCUGCGUUUCACGGGUUUAGAGAUUGUGAAAAGUUUACUAGAGGAGGACAGUCCAACGACACGGAGCCAAUGUUUAUGAGCCAGCCACGUCCGUAUCAAGGUCGGAAUAGUUUUGCUAGAGGAAGAACAACUUUUUCAAACAACCACAAACGAGAUUUUCCUGGAUAUCGUUCAAGAUCUCCAAUUAGAUCAAGAGAACGAUCAGCUGGACCGUCCUCGUCUUUCAGGAACAGAUCACAGGAAGAUUUUAAUGGGCAUACAGAGUUUUCUCAUAGGAGAUCACCCUCAGGUUAUAGAAUGGGGAGGGUAAGCUCUCCUGAACAUUCUGGUUAUCCAAGGGAGAUGGUUGGCAGAAGGCAUGAUUCUCCUCCGCCUUACUCUCAUAGACCAUCAAAUGCUGGAAGGGGACGAGGUUUUGCCAGAGGGAGAGGGUAUGCAAGGGGGAGAGGUUAUGGAAGAGAUGGAACCUUUUUUAGGAAACCAUAUGAUCGUGUUGUACAUAGAAACUAUAACAACGUGGAUCCUCGAGAGAGGGUGGACUACAGUGAUGAUUUCUUUGAAGGACCGAUUCAUUCUCAGCGAUUUGGUGGUGAUGGUAAUGUUGAGAGAAGACAAUUUGGUUAUAGACAUGAUGGUAUGAGCUCUUUUAGACAAUCCUAUAGCAGUGAUGGUUGUGGACCUACUAAUGUAGAGGAUGGUUCUGAUGAUGUGAGGUAUGGACAGGACCCUGGUAUUGAGAUGGUUAAAGAACAAGGGGUAGAUGGAAAAGAUAAGACAUCAACUGAGAAUGCAUCUGGAAGAAGUAAGAUUAUGGAAGAGGAGGAAACUUCAAAGUACAGUGAGAUUUGGCAACGGGGUGAGCUUGGCGGUGACGGGUUUUAGAAGAAGGAUUAGUAUUCAGUUUGCGUGAACGUUCUGAGACCAGGGAGAUUUGAGUGAUAGAAACCAGAUACCAAACGAGAGAGCUCUGUGAUUUUGCCACGGACGAGGCUGAUAACAGUGGGCAUUCAAGGGACACUCUGCUAUGUCCUGUGUUGUGUUAAAGUUGCGAAUUGGUCAUUGCUUGGCUGUGUAAAUACAGCACUUCGCUGGCGGUGUCAUCUAGAUUUAGUCGCCUUUCGUGAUGUGAUUCAGAUUUGGCCGUAGCACUGUAAGUGAAUGGAUAAACAAGUAAAGGAAGAUGGUGCUGUGUAAAUAUAUGUGGAUAUUUUUCAGGCUUGCUCGCACUCAGGUGGUUUAAGCAGAAGUAGAACGUGACUGAUAUAAUAGAUAUGAGGCGAGGAACGACUAGGGUGAGACGCUUACCUCUUGUCGAAAUACAGGCCAGGCUUUGAGCCCAACAAAACUUUACCGACGAAAAAAACAGGUUUUGAUGAAUGAGUCUCUUUGCCAAAGCACCAGAGUGCAAAACUCUAAGUAACCGCCACGAUGUGGUUGAGCCAUGACUGUUUUUGGCUUAAAACAUUCACUUUCAUCUGCCAGUGACCAGAUAAUGAAUUCUUCUAAAGAUAACUUCAUCAGUUUAGCUGUAGGACAGCCAAGAGGAUUAGUAAGUACACAUCUUUGUGGAACUUGAAGUAUAAGCUAAACCAAGCCUGCUUGAAAUGUUGAAACAACCGCUGAUUAUAUGCUGGUAGAACUGGGUUUACUGGCCAUGAAAAAAAAAAACACACACUGGAAACUGCUAAAGGUGUACCAGCCAUUUGGGUCUACUGGUUUGGUAAUGGUUCCUCAUUUUUCUCAUUUAAGUGAGUUCUAACUUCGAAUGUACAAUCUCACUCAAGGAAAGGAAUAUUUCUGAUUGACGCUUAUGCUUUCUCCAGCCUAGGCAUCUGGAUGAGUCAUGCCAUGGAACUUUAGCAUGGUAUAAUCUGUAUAUGCUGUUAAUGAGGGCAUAAAGUUUUGGGAACUAGGAGAGAGUCCAGCAUUCUGAUUUGGAAACGUGUCUGAGUUUGUAUUUACUUCUUGUUUCUGAGACAAGAGAUUGAAGUUUUUAGAGGAUGGUGUAUUAAGAGUGAUGAGAGACCACGUCUUAAUCUUGACAAGGUUAACAUAUCUGUCAGCGUACAUGUAAUCUGAUCCUUAAUGGAUCUACUCAAAGCAACAGGUUAUAAUGUUGUGGAAUGUGUAUGAUAUAUAUAAUUCAAGUAUGUAUAUAGCCAAGUAGUUGACCUCCU